AUGCGAAGUCAGUUGGCUGGCAGCGGCGCGUCCGAUGAGUUUCGAUGCGAGCCUUGCAACAAAAUCCUGACCUCCUUAACGCGGUUGAGGCGGCACAUACAGAACGUGCACACCAGGCCCAGCAAGGAACCGAUCUGUAACAUCUGCAAGCGGGUUUACUCGAGCCUGAACAGCCUCCGGAACCACAAGAGCAUCUAUCAUCGGCAACACAGCAAGAACGAGCAGCAACGCAAGGAGAUGGAACAGAUGCGAGAACGGGAGAGAGAGCAGAGAGAACAUUCCGAGAGAGUAAGCUCUCAGCAACAACAGCAGCAGCAGCAGCAGCAGCAACAACAGCAGCAGCAACAACAGCACCAGGAUCAACAACAUCAUCAACAAUCGAGAUUGGGAUAG